UUAUAAUAAUGCAGAACUAUAGUAAGUUUUUGUCAAUUUUAUUGCUGUCGACACUCAUCGAAUAUAGCUAUGAAUUAAUGAGGAAUGAUGGAAUGGGCAGUACGUCAUUGACGAUGUUCAAGGACAUGGAGGGGGAAUGCAACACGUAUUGUUUUGGAAUUGUAAAACCCAUAUUGCAGCAGUCGAAGCAAACACAGUUUGUGGAAUUGCAGGAUAAAAUCAGAGACCUACAUGCGAUUAUCAAGAAUACAGAGAAACAAUUGGCGGACGUACAAAUAAAGCUAGGAGUCUGUGAAGACGCAACUCAAAAUAGGGAAACUCUGUCAAAGGAGCAACUAAAUCGAAAGUCAAUGCAGUUAACAGAAUUGCAGCAGAAAACAAAUGAACAAGAUGCGGGCUUAAAGAAAAUGGAAAGAGAGUUGAUUAGUCUCAAAAGUAAAAUUGGUAUUUGUGAAGAAGCCGUCAAAAAUCGAGAGGUUCAAUAUGACCAACUAGUUGAUUUAAAUGUGUCUUGUAACAACAGCAGCAAAAUUAAAGAUGAACUAUUGGCAACAAGUAAGGCUCUCGUAGAAAGACACAAGUCUGCAGCUCGAUCUGAUAUAAUUAAAGUCGAAUUGAAGGAUAAUCAAAUAAAGGAAAUGGAUACCCAACUUAAGGAAAAAGAUAAAGUUAUAUCAGCACAAAGUUCCAAAAUUGAAACGUUACUUACAACGAUAACAAAACAAACUGAUGAAAUAUCUGAAUUCAAAACACAACUCAACGACUGUCAAUCGUCAAAUUGCUAUGGCAAAUCUACGGACGUUCAUGUUAUAAGGGUACCCGGAUCUGAGCCGUUUCCAGUAUUCUGUGAUUCCAAUCUGGCCGAUCCGGGAUGGACUGUAAUUCAACGGCGACGGGAUGGGUCUGUAACGUUUAAUCGCAAUUGGACUGAUUAUACUUUGGGAUUUGGUGAUUUACGUGGAGAAUUUUUUAUUGGAUUAGAGAAACUAUACUUGCUGACACAAUCACUGCACCAUGAACUCUAUAUUUUUCUACAGGGAUUUAAUGAAGAUAGUAGAUAUGCACGUUAUGAUCACUUUUUGAUAGCCAACGAGACUGAGGCUUUUAAAAUAUUAUCGUUAGGACAUUAUAAAGGAACGGCAGGAGAUGCCUUUGCAUCACAAAAGGAUAUGAAAUUCUCAACGCCCGAUCGGGACAAUGAUCAAAGCUCUGGUAAUUGCGCCAAAGAAUUUAGAGCUGGUUGGUGGUACAGAAAGUGCUAUUACUGUAAUUUGAAUGGACAAUAUUAUAAUGGCAGAACAACAAAUCAGUAUGGAAUCAAUUGGUUUUCUUGGCAUAAAAAUUCACUACAAUUUGUGCAAAUGAUGAUAAGACCUAAGCCACAUUAAUGCAUUGAAUUAAACAUAUUUUUUUAUAAUGCU